AUGGAAAUAGAUACUGAAAAUCAAACAAAUGAAAAGGAAAAAAAUGGCGCUGUUAAAAUUUGUACGAGUGAAAAGGAAGUAAAUCAUGAUUCUCAAAAAGGUGAUGAAACACAAAUUAAAACCCCACAGGAACAAAUUGAUGUCAACAACAAUGAAAAUGAAGUAAAUCAUGAUUCUCGAAAAGAUGCUAACUUAGAUAAAACUCCUAUAAUGGGUAUACUAAUUAAAACCCAUCAGAAACAAAUUCAUGUAAAUGAUAUACCUUUUAAAAUCAACCAGAAUAAGGAUGACCAAGAUUCUAAAACAAUCGAAACAGAUACUGAAAAUCAAACAAAUGAAAAGGAAAAAAAUAGCGCUGUUAAAAUUUGUACGAGUAAAAAUGAAGUAAAUCAUGAUUCUCGAAAUGAUGCUAACUUAGAUAAAGGUCUGAUAAUGGGUAUACUAAUUAAAACCCAACAGAAACAAAUUGAUGUAAACGAUAUACCUUUUAAAAUCAACCAAAAUCAGGAUGACCAAGAUUCUAAAUCAAUGGAAGCAGAUACUGAAAAUCAAACAAAUGAACAGGAAAAAAAUGGCGCUGUUAAAAUUUGUACGAGUGAGAAGGAAGUCAAUCAUGAUUCUCAAAAAGAUAAUGAAAUACAAAUUAAAACACCACAGGAACAAAUUGAUGUUAACGAUAUGCCUUUUAAAAUAAACCAAAAUAAGAUGACCAAGAUUCUAAAACAAUGGAAGCAGAUACUGAAAAUCAAACAAAUGAAAAGAAAAAAAAUGGCGCUGUUAAAAUUUGUACGAGUGAAAAUGAAGUAA